AUGUCGGUGCACUUCGAGGAGAGGAGUGGCGUUGUCCCCUGCCCUACCUCCUGGGGGUCGUGGUACCAGACCAUGGAAGAGGUUUUCAUCGAAGUGAACGUCCCUCAGGGCACAUCUGGGAAGGAGGUGAAAUGCACUCUGGGCUCAAGACAAGUUGAACUGCAUGUCAAAGGAAAGGAGAUCUUCAAGGGAAGGCUUUACGACAGCACCGUUUCUGAUGAGUCGACAUGGACAUUGGAGGAUAAGGUCCUGAUUCGCAUCGUCCUCAUGAAGACAAACCGGGCGGCCGGGAACUGCUGGCUCUCCCUUUUAGAGGGGGAGUACUGCGCCGACGCAUGGGUCCAGGAUCAGAUGCAGAGGAAGCUGACCCUGGAGAGGUUCCACAGAGAGAACCCUGGAUUUGACUUCAGCGGUGCAGAGAUUUCUGGGAACUUUGCUGGCGGUGGACCCGACUUCUCCAGCUUGCAGAAGUAACCAUGAAGGUGUCGAAGUUGUUUGAUACAAUUUGCAGGUGACGUGCUCCGUCAAGCAAAAACAUGGACAAUGAUACCUGCAUUUCCCAUCUGGGAUUAAUAUCGUCAACAGUCAGACGCUGCCUUUAUAUAUGGGAUGCAUUUACAAUGGGCAACUCAUUGCCAUUUAAAUAAAUACAGGAAUUGUAAAUAAAUGGUAGGUUUGAGUAGGUAAAUGAAAUCAAUACUGUACAACCAAAUGCUUUUCAAUACGUUUUUUUAUUGAAAGGUCCAAGUACAUGGGUCAUCCAGAUGAACUAUUUUCAAGUGCGAUAAUCAAAUGCCAAAUCCAAAAGUUUUUCUCUCCAUCUCUUCACAAAUUAAAAUCCAUUCAAAUAAUGUCUAAAGUUUCAUUUUGUUCCAAAUUAAUUACAUCUGUAACCAUUGAUAUAAGGAUCAUGUCUCAUCUUAUAGAGCAAGGCCAUCGAUAAGAUGGCCGCCAUACAUGCUAGGAUCAUACCUAGCGUCACUUAGGGGAAACCCCAUCGAGCUCAGUUUCAAAACAAAAUUAAAAGUUUCAUUCACCUUGGGUAGGAGUGUGCAUUGAGGACAGCCGAGCAACCUAGGGUGGGAGUUAAGGGUUUUGGGCCUGAUUUCUUGGUUUCGUUUUUUAGUUUCACAAAACCCUUCUCCCUCCUCUUCCACAUGGUGGACUGAGGACCUAGGCGGUUCUAUACUUUAUUGCUUAAAAACCAGCAACCUGUUCCCGAGAAUAACCAAGUAUCUCAGCACAGAUUCAAACGAUAACAUACUGUACACUUGUGGAAGCGUUUCAAAUCCGCCAAAGAAAAACCUCACUAGAUGGUAAUGAAUGAGUUUCACAUCAAGUCGUACUG